UGAAGAGCCCGUGAGCUCGGCAUAUGGCGGCUCCGGAAACAGCCCGGCAGCCGGCAGGGAGGGCCUGGCUGGAGCAGCCGACGGGGCUGCCAGGACCGCGCUCCCCGCAGCGAGGAUGGAGGAUGCGGUGUGGGUACACACACGCUGGGGGCCUGCGCACACAACCGUGGACACCCGCGUUCGCCGGAGUCGGCAGCCCCUCAGGAACCUGGGGCAGCACCGGGAGCUCCCAACGUGUCGGUGCUUCUGGAGCCGGCGACGUCUCUGCUCCAUCCCGCAGCCGCAGCCGGCCAGUCCCGGGGGACCUGGGGAGCCCGCAGAACCGCCCCUCGCUCCUCCUCUCCUCCUCCCUGCUCCUCAUAUACCCUCCUCUCUCCGUCCCCUCUGAGCGUCCCUCUGCUCCUCUCCCUCGCUCCCGCUCACCUCUCCCUCCUUUUCCCUCCUCCAUUUCUCUGCUCUGAACUUGCCCCAUCCUCCUGCCCUGCUCUCCCCCAGCCUCUCUCACCCACACCCCGAGGAACCGACGCACCAUCGAAGACCCCCCUGGCAGGGGCCAGGACCCCCACGCCGGAGCUGGGACCUCCACGCUGGACAAUGCCUCUCCAGAUAUUCUGCACCAUCUCCUUCUCCAGCGAGGAAGGACCAAGAGACGCUGCAGCCACCGGGAGUGGAGAGGAUGGAGCAGAUGAGUUCCUGUACGGCCAGGAGGAGGAGGAAGAGGAGGAAGAGGAUGCAGGGGCAGCCACGGACUUUGUGGCCUUUGCCAGCAGCUGCACCCUGCAUGGGCUUAGCCACAUCUUCGUGGAGGGCAGCCUGGGCGCCCGGCAGGCACUCUGGGCACUGGCCUUCCUCCUCUCCCUCUCCGUCUUCCUCUACCAGGUGGCCGACCGCAUCGUCUACUACCUGGAGUACCACCACGUCACACUGCUCAGCGAAGAGGACAGCCCCGAGAUGACCUUCCCCGCUGUCACCUUCUGCAACAUCAACCGUGUGCGGGUCUCCCAGCUCAGCCACGAGGAUCUGCUCUACCUGGCCCCCCUGGUCGACUACGAGCCUGGGAUGGAGCUGGGCUUUGCCCUGGCCCAGCCCAGCCCCGGGGACGAGGACGAGCCCCUAAAUUUGUAUGGGUUUUUUAACCGCACUUGCCACCAGCUGGAGGACAUGCUGCUGAGCUGCAGCUACCGGGGCCAGGAGUGUGGCCCCAGCGACUUCGCAGCGGUCUUCACCCGCUAUGGGAAGUGCUACACCUUCAACGCGGGGCAGGAUGGGAAGCCCCGGCUCAUCACCAUGAAGGGGGGCACCGGCAACGGCCUGGAGAUCAUGCUGGACAUUCAGCAGGACGAGUACCUGCCAGUGUGGGGGGAAACAGACGAGACCUCAUUCGAAGCCGGGAUCAAGGUGCAGAUCCACAGCCAGGACGAGCCCCCGCUGAUCGACCAGCUGGGUUUUGGGGUGGCUCCUGGCUUCCAGACCUUCGUGUCCUGCCAGGAGCAGCGGCUCAUCUACCUGCCGCCUCCCUGGGGCGACUGCAAGGCCGCGGCGGGCGACUCGGAGUUUUACGACACCUACAGCAUCACGGCCUGUCGCAUCGACUGCGAGACCCGCUACCUGGUGGAGAACUGCAACUGCCGCAUGGUGCACAUGCCGGGCGAUGCCCCCUAUUGCACCCCGGAGCAGUACAAGGAGUGUGCAGACCCGGCCUUAGAUUUCCUGGUGGAGAAGGACAAUGAGUACUGCGUCUGCGAGAUGCCCUGCAACGUGACCCGCUACGGCAAAGAGCUCUCCAUGGUGAAGAUCCCCAGCAAGGCCUCCGCCAAGUACCUGGCCAAGAAGUACAACAAAUCGGAGCAGUACAUCGGGGAGAACAUCCUGGUGCUGGAUAUCUUCUUUGAAGCCCUGAACUACGAGACCAUCGAGCAGAAGAAGGCGUACGAGGUGGCCGGUUUGCUGGGUGACAUUGGAGGGCAGAUGGGGCUGUUCAUCGGGGCCAGUAUCCUCACAGUGCUGGAGCUGUUCGACUACGCCUACGAGGUGAUAAAGCACCGGCUGUGCCGGCGGGGGAAGUGCCGCAAGAACCACAAGAGGAACAACACGGACAAGGGCGUCGCACUCAGCAUGGAUGACGUGAAACGCCACAAUCCCUGUGAAAGCAUACGGGGCCACCCGGCAGGCAUGACGUACGCAGCCAACAUCCUACCUCAUCACCCGGCCCGGGGCACCUUUGAGGACUUCACCUGCUAACCGACGUCUGGAUGUACAACCUGAGCUACCAAAGCCCUCCGGAGAGCUGCCCUUCUCCCUGCCAGCGCCAGCGGAGAGACACAUCUAGGGGACCUUGCUCCUCGCCACAGUGGGACACGGACAAGAGCGACGGCCUCGGAUUUCGGGGCAGGCGGAGGGGUCGGGUGAUGCUCGGACCUGGCGCACGGCCCCCGCGGCGCCUGCCCCGCUCGUUCAGAGACUGGAGGAGGCUCCAGCCCGGGCACCCUCGCGGCGCGGGGAGCGACACGCACAGCGGGCUGGGGCACGGGGCUGCCCCGUCUCCUCCCCUCGGCUCCCCUCGGCCUUUUUAACUAGAAACCCAGAAGCCAAGAAGAAGCAGCCAUUUGGCUGCAGAGUCUCCAUCCACAGCCCUGUCCGUCUGUCUGUCCAUUGUCUCCAUGCCCAUCCUGCUCCAACACUUUGGCCGGCGCUUGCUGGGACCCCCAUGCCCGGCAGGAGGGAUCGUCGAGGAGCCCCACAGCGUGGCCGGCAGUGGGUCCGGCUGUCCCAGCAGAGUCUGGCUGUCCCCUGGGACCGCGGUGGCCCUGCAGCCCACCCUCACCUGGCCACUCCAUGCGCAUGAAGACAGGCCACCUUCACCCCUCCAAAAUGUCUUCCUUGGCACCCUGCCCCAGGGACUGCCAUGCCCAGCACCCACCGAGCUCACUGGCCGGCCACGAGCACCAGAGGGGACUCGGCCGGGGGGUGCCACCUCGGCACGGCAGACCCCGCCACCGGGCACUCUCCCUCGGCCACGUCGGGCCAGGCAACGGCGUGGUGUCCCUACCUGUCCCUCCUGGGCUCCGUGCAGCUUGGCCAGCCUUGCCCUGCCCCACAGUCCCUUCUGUCCCCAAGGGGUCUGGGGCUACUCCGUGUGGCCCCCCAAAACAGCCAUCCUUGGGGAGAAAGGUGGAAGGAAAACUCCUGGCCCCCAUUUCAGCUGCGGCCACUGGCCCAGCUGGACCAGGGCCACCACGAGGGACAGCCCCUUGGCACCACUUUGGCCGGGUGGGCAGAGGAGCCCUGGCACCAGGAGGGUUCGUAGGUUGAGGGACACCCCAUGGCACAGGGUGCUCUGGUCCACGGGACCGUGGGCCCCGCUGAACCCCCCGAGAGCAGCUGCCCCCGGGCACCACGAGCCCUGGGCAUCCUCGGGGCAUCUGCUGGCUCGCUGCCCUGGGGCCACCGCUGGCCUCCCCCCGGCACACGGAGACCUGCGCUGGCAGCCAGGCUCUGGCCCCUGGCUCUGGCCACGUCUCUGCUCCCUGGGACCGCAAGUGCACCCCCAUUUCACUCUGGGGUCAGUGGAAAUCGGCCUCCACCAGCCCCUGCCAGCCCCCAGGCCCCACACAUCAAGCAAGAGCCCUCCCAGGGCUGAAGUGCUACUUAUCUUUAGGAGCUUUUGCAAUAAGUCUUUUUGGUAAUUAUUAUUUCUAAACGGCAGUUUUGGUUUUAUUAUUGUCAUUUUUAUUAUUAUUUGCUUCCUGACCAAAAUUAGGAACUGGGGGUUAGUCCUUUUUAUCCAGCAAUCGCCCAAAGAUGACGGGUCGGCCACAUCCAUAAAUUUUCUUAUGGAUUUUUCCUAACAUUUCAUUGUGUUUCAUUUAUUUAUUUUCUUUCUUUCUCUUUCCCAUUAAAGCUUUUAAAGAUGGGGCUGGGAUUUGACCUUGAUGCUCACCUGUUGAAGAAUACACUUUUUUGUUUGUUUCUAUUAUGUCAUCUGCAUUUUAUAUUUCUUAUAUAUAAUAUAUAUGACUAUAUAUAUAUGUGUACAUAUAUAUAUAUAUCUCUAUAUAUGCAUCAUAUCAGUGUAGAUACCCAUCUAGUAGCAUUUAGGCCUUGUUCUUGUGCCAUUUUUUUUUUUCUGUUACUGAUCUCUGAAUGCCUUCAAGUGUAUAAAGUGUUGAAUUCUCUCUGGUAUCUGUACUAUGUACACACAUUUUCAUAGGAAGCACAAUAAGAUGACAGAUGCAUUGUACAUCAAUACCUGCUACUCUUAACGAUGAUAUAAAGAAUGAUAUAACUCA